CACAACCAUAAAACGCGGUCCAAAUCUUCCCAAUAAAAUGUCCGCUGGCUCCAAUUAGGGUUUCUCAUCAUUCCCCCACCUCUUCUUCUCCUCUCCUUCCUUCUCCGCACUUUCCAUCUUCCCCACAAUCUCUUUCAGCUGCCAUCUUCCGAGUCGAAAUUCCCGUUUCGAUCCCGAUUCCGGCCAAUUUCACCCUUCUAUUUAACCUUAAAUGCGGAUUUGAGGGAAGCGAUUUUCCACGGAUUCUCCCGGUUCUCUUUCGUCGUGAUUUCCAGCUCCCAUUUCUGGUUCUCGUUCCAGAAUGCCGGCGACGGAUUUUCAAGGAUCGUCGGCAGCAUUUGGGAGGGCACUUUUGAGUCUGCGUCGCGAUCAGGUCCAUUCCAUGGAUGGGCACGGCCACAAUAGCAGCCACGAGAGCUCCGGUCUCGAGUCCGAGCUCGAAGCGUUUCAGAAAUUGGUAGGGGAGAGGUUCCUGGAUCUCUCGUCGGUUAGAUCUGACGAUUUGCUUUCCCUCGCCUGGAUCCGGAAGCUGCUCGAUGCGUUCCUCUGUUGCCAGGAGGAGUUCAGGUUAAUUUUAUCGAGAUACAAGUCUUAUUGCGGUAAGGCGCCGUUGGAUCGGUUAGUCCACGAUUUCUACGAGCGGAGUGUUAAGGCCUUGGAUCUCUGUAACGCCAUUCGCGAUGGGAUUGAGCAGAUCAGGGAGUGGAGGAAGCUGUUGGAGAUUGUUCUCUGCGCCUUGGAUAACCAGAGGCUUCUCGGAGAAGGCCAUUUCCGCCGGGCUAAGAAGGCACUGAUCGAUUUGUCCAUCUCCAUGCUCGAUGAGAAAGAGUGCACCGCUGCUUUGUCCCACAGGAACCGAUCUUUCGGCCGGCAUCAAUCUUCUUCCAAGGAUAACCACCUGCGGGCGCUUGGCCAUUUCAGGUCCUUGUCUUGGAGCGUCUCGCGGUCGUGGUCUGCAGCUAGGCAGCUCCAGGCAAUCGGAACCAACAUUGCGGCGCCCAGAGCCAACGAGGUCGUGUCCACCAGUGGUCUCGCCAUUGCUGUCUACACCAUGAACUCUGUUCUGCUUUUUGUAAUGUGGGCUCUUGUGGCGGCGAUCCCAUGCCAGGAUAGGGGUUUGCAGGUUCAUUUCUCGAUUCCCAGACACUUCUCCUGGGGUGCCCCUCUAUCCUCAAUGCACGAGAGGAUACUCGAUGAGUCGAGGAAACGGGAUAGGAGGAAUGCUUGUGGACUGUUGAGGGAGAUUUAUCAGAUGGAUAAAUGCUCGAGGGUGCUGUCUGAAUUAGCAGAUUCUGUGCAGUUUCCAUUGCCGGAGGAAAGGGAGCGAGAAGUUAGGGAGAAAGUCCAGGAAUUGGGCCAAAUAUGUGAGGAUUUUAAGGAGGGGUUGGAGCCUUUGGAGAGACAAGUGAGAGAGGUGUUCCAUAGAAUCGUUCAUAGCCGGACGGAAGGGCUUGAUACUCUGGGAAGAGGUAAUCACAACGAUGCUCAUUGAAGAAAUUGGGCGAUUGAAGCAAUGAGAAAGAUGGCUAGAGCGCAAGCAGUGAAAAUAAAUGGGUAAUGAAAUUGGGUGGUAAAAGAAAGGAGUUCUUGUAUUUAUUUACCAUCAUCAGUAUAUGUGUAGAGAAACAUAUGUUAGGAUUAUGGGAAAUUGGGGACUUUGGAUCCGUGCUCCUGCUGAUCUCCAGCUUGUGUUUUAUUGUAUAAUGAAACUUUCUCAGUAAAUUGCGUCUUUUAGUACCACGUUUCCUGUAUUGCACUUGGCCUUUUGCUUCAUGGUAGGCAUUGUUGAGAUUGGAAGUAUAGAUAUCGUUUGGCUAUUGAUUCAAAGGAAAAUGUCUGUGUUCAAAGUACACAUUCUGUGUUGGUCAUUCAGUUUGAAGAACCACAUAGUCAGAGCAUGUUGGCACCGAGAGCAAUUCUGCAGGUACCCACUUGGUCGUUUUUCACCUGCACAUAAGAUAUAACUGCCACUGGAAAAUUUUCAUAUCUUACCUCCACCAGAAACUUCCCUGUUAUGUCUGUAGGUAAUCGAUUUUUACACCAAGGCUAACCUUCAUUAUGAGGUGUCUUUCAUUUUUUGCUCUCAUAUCCCUAACCAACCUUAUCUUGGCUGUCUCCUAGAGUAGGACAUGGGCAGAUUUUGUUGUUUUUCAAAUCUGUAUGCAAGUAUACACAGCCGUCUGCAGUUAAUGCUAAUCAGACUCUUCUGUUCAGAACAUAUGCACAAGAAGUACCAUAUGGAAUUUGUUUAUUGCCUCGUGUCCUGACCAGUUUUAAUAAACUACUGCAAAGUAUGGAGUUUGUGUUUGCCCUCAUGGGGACAUUGUGAAUCGUAGGGUGCAGAGGUCAAGGUCCAUACCUGUCUAUCCUGAUUAUAGAUAGCUGUGUGUGUUGUGACUUUUGACUUUCUCCAAUGUGGAAUUCUUCUUGGCGGUUCAGUCUAAAUUAUAUAUCCUUGUUUAAAAUCAAAUGAUACAGAAGUGAUGUUUGGUUUCUUUCUUCUUACAUGGUGGAAGGAGCCUCCAAUGGCAGCCAUGUGAGCUUUGACUUUGAUUCGGUCUCAGCUUCUGUGCCCACUCAUAAAUGAAAGGGAUGCAAGUAAUUGAAACAUGUGUCUGCAACUGUUGUGAUGCUUUGUUUAUUGUUUAUAAUAAGGUUUGUUGACCCCUGUUACCGUGAUCCUCUCUUUUGUGUUUCAGUUUCAGAUUUUCUUAAUUCUUAUUUUGAUUGCCAAAGAAAUUGGAGCUGUACUGUAGCCUCAACAAGUGCUGCUGCUGGUAGGCUGUAAUGUAACGAUCAGCCUCUAUUAUUUUAAAUGGCUGAUCUGUAGUGUUUUGAUACUCUGGCGUGAGGGUUUGAAGACAUUCCUAGAUUGACCUGAUCGUUGUUAUUAACUGUCACAUGGAAAUGGGUGUGUGAUUGAAGAAGGGAGCAUAGCAUCCAAGGUGACAGAAAUUUGCUGUUUGAGCUGUCUGUGUGUGUGGAAGAAAUGCUUAAUGAUAUGUUUAUUCUUUGGCCAUGUGAGGCCGUAACGUGCACUAUAGCAGCCAUUGAGUAAAGUAUUUUUUUUUUUUUUGUUUUCUCAGAAUUCCCCAAAUCCUCUGCUUUCUGAAGGCUUCCAUACCGUAGCAUAUAUAACUUUUUAUCUUCUAGAACAAAGAUCUACGGAGUCUUAUUGAACAAGUUAGAUCUAUCUGCUGAAAAGCUGCAGUAUUUGCUGGUUUGUGGUGCAGGCUUUGGCUGGUGAAGUGUAAGCAUCCAAAGCACGUAGAUAAAACUUAAUUUGGGGUACCUACUACUACAAGCAGAUGGGAGAUGCUGCUACAACUUAAGGAGUGGUGGCCCUUCUUCGCUCACGCCAGCAAUAUAUGUGAGCAGUUAUUACCUCGCCUAGCUUUAAUUGCAAAAAGCUGUUUUCUGUAAGGUUUCAACUUUUCAGCAAUUUUUAUCUGACUUGUGUACAGGACUCUGCACCGUCAGCAGCUGUGCCAACGAGGCGACAGAGUCAAUAGACAAUCUGCAGGCCAUUCAUGAACCUGGGGUCAAGCUUCAACAGAUGCAAGGAAAUUGAAGUUUCCUGGCCAGAAAGAAAGGGAGGGACUCAUUCAUCAGCCUUAGCAAAACAGGUGGGGCUGGAAGUCAACUCAGCCACCAGUGAGGAAUUUGUGGCAGGUACAUCAACUAAUACCCGCGCUCACUUCCUAAAAUUGCGAUCUUGAUGGAUACAUAACCAACAGUUUGAUGAAGGUUAGUCUUGCAUGUGAUCAACUCUUUGAUUAGAGGGGCUAAUCCGCGGGACAAACACUGAUUAGUCAUCGUCAAGUGUUUCUAUUAGGACAUGGCCAUCUGGGCAUUAAUGGUUUUGGGAAAGGUCCUUUCUUUUUCAGUACCCAACUCGAAUAAAAUAAGUGGCAUGUUGCAUAUUGCAUGAUGGGUUUUUGGUGGGGGCUAAUGAAGUGAAGUAAGAAGUCUUGGUGUGUAUACCGACAAUACAUGGGCCAAACUAAUUGUGUUGCAUUUUCUUUGGCAGUCUCAUGAUCGUCAGAAAAUGGAAGGUGUGGCCGAUUGUCUUCCAUACGCUGCAGCUCACUGGUUUUGUAUAUUGUAAUUUGAAAUGUUUUGAAGUUCUCGUUGGGUUUCUGUUGAAGGAAUGACAAAUCUCCAACCUUUUGUUAGCAACAGCGGGGGGAUUUGAGAACCAGAUGUUUGGAAACUCCAUUGGUGUGGGGAUUGGGAUGGAAAAGGGCAAUAUAGCUUAGAGGAUGUA